GUUACCUAGUGUAACGAUUUGUAAAAUAGUGCAAAGUGUACACUAAUUCUAAAAUACUAGAUACAUUUCUGUCGCUUGUUUAAUUGAUAUUUGUUUCUAACUAUGGCUAAACCUCGACCCUGUGUCGUACCUUGCUGCAACGGUGAACGCUUUGAGUUAGUACACAAGUUUCCAUCGGACAAGGAUCGCGCGGAAACGUGGAGAUCUAUUCUAUGCAUACCGGAGCUUCAGCAGUUGGAUCUGGCCACUGUCCGGGGUCGACACUUUGUGUGUACUCGCCAUUUUCGCGACUCUGACUAUAAAAACAAACUUUCUAGAAGUUUGAAUGUAACAGCCAAUCCAUCGUUGAAUUUGUUUGGAUUGCACGAUGAGGAAGGAUUGAAUCGAGUUAUACCACCGAUGGUACGAUUACCUGUCCCUUCCGAACCGCAGAAAAGCGAUUCCAGUGACAGAGUAACAGUCAAGCUACAAGUACAACCAAUGCUACCAGAAAAUAUGUUGCCGGUUGUGGAAGUUAAAUUACUAGACAACAGAAAUAAUUUUACGGCAUCGAGCAUGGAAAUAAUAAAUUUGCCCGGUUUGACGGAGGACCCCUUAGCCACUCUACCAAUAAAACGUGAACAACCACGACUGCAGAUUAGCAACAGGCGCACGUUGGCAGGAUGUACUCCCGGCAAAAUUUUCAAAUUCAAGCGAAAGAGCGACAUGAUUGUUGAAACGCAGAGUAUGAAAAAACCAGCAGUUGUUCUGAGAAAACUUAAAAUUGUUUCGCCUAGGAAACAAAGCACAAAUGUAGCAACGCCGAUUAAAGUGCCCACAACUUCAAGUGAGACACAAACUGACACAGAAAAGCGUCGUCCGCCUCAGGUCAAAUCGCCUGCUCAAAAAGAAGUAAAUGAUGUUCCACAAAGUGAUGAAGUGUCCAAAAAUACCACUAAAGUUUUGGCACUGCUGGAAUGCACUCCGGAGAAUCUUCAAAAGUUGCAGAGAAAGCUCCAAGCACAGGACGGUGGCGCCUUACCGUUCGAUGAGAGUCUAUUCCGGGAUCUUGGCGAUGGUGAAGCUGCUAAAGCCAUCAUGGUUGGUACACAGUCUGCUGUUGACGAACAGCACUUCCUAACGAUACAGGGAACCCAAUUGGAAAGACCUAUUCGCGUGAGCUACAUCUGGCUGCGGGAUCAUUGCCGCUGCUCGGAAUGUUACAAUCAUGAGACAUUCCAGCGCACGCUGUCCAUCCUGGACAUUCCGGACGACGUGAAGCCAGCCAGCUUCGAGUUGUCCGAUCGCAAACUAGAGGUGCUAUGGAUGGAUGAUCAUGUAUCCUCGUACGAUUUGGAUUUCCUAGUCCAGUCGCAGUUUGAGGUGUCAAAAGAAAAGCUGCUCCAUGAGCACGCUCAGCCGGUCCUGUGGGAUCGUGACCUCAUCAGUCUUUGUCCCGAGUAUUGCCGGGUGUCGUUGAGCGAGCUGAUUUGCGAAGACGCAGCCGUUGCUAAGGUGGUCAAAAGCUUGGUAGCGUACGGGGUUGCCUUUAUCGAAAAGGUCCCUGCCAAUCAACAAAGUACGGAAAUGGCAAUCAAACGGAUUUUUCCCAUCCACAAGACCUUGUUCGGAGAGAUGUGGACUUUUAGCGACCAGAUGGAUCAUGGAGAUACUGCUUACACGAAGACUUAUCUUGGACCGCACACAGAUAAUACGUACUUUAACGAUGCAUCUGGACUGCAGAUCCUUCACUGCAUCCAGUUCAAUGGCUCUGGUGGUGAAACUAUGCUUAUCGAUGGUUUUAAAGCAGCCGAACAACUUAAUCUCAAAGAUCCGAAAGCGUUCGAGCGGCUGUGCAACUACCCUCUAACCGGUGAAUACUUGGAGGAAGGCAAGCAUCACUCCUAUUGUGCACCCGUGAUCAAACGCAAUGUCAUAACCGGUGAAGUGGAGCAGCUACGUUUCAACACGUACGAUCGAGCGGUUCUGAACACCAUUCCCCAGGAGCAGAUUCCUCAGUUCUACAAAGACUACAAACGGCUAGCGGCUGAGAUUAAUGACGAAACUAUGGCUUGGCAGUUUCAGUUAACCCCUGGGACAGUGAUGAUUUUUGACAACUGGCGAGUGCUACACGGACGCAUGGCAUACAGUGGUAAGCGUGUGAUGAGUGGAUGCUACGUUUCCAGAACGGAAUACCAAAGCGUCGCUCGCACGCUGGGACUUAUUUCGUGAUUGCGGGUAAGUGACUACAUCAUCAGCUUUUGUUGAUGGUCAUAAAUGAACACGCACGCUUAA